AAAACUGCUGUGAAAAUGAACUACUAUGGUGCUAUGGCAGUCAACAAGUGCAAAGAGAAUGAAAUCAAGCACUUUUGCAAAUACCACGGCAAGUCAGUAGAAAGAAAGAUGGACUCUACAGAAGAAGAGAGGACUGAAGGUUCCAUAGAACACAGCCAACCUCAAACUUGCCAGCGAAGUCCCAGAAGACCUCUCAAAGAUUUCUACAUUGAAGUUUCUCCUGGCACCUAUUCUGUCACAGCAAUCUCAGAAGACAUAGCACAAACCCACGUAGUAGAUGUCAAUGCAGGACAAAGUGUUGAUUUAACUUUUGUUUUGUGAUAUUUUUUGUUUCCUGGCAAUAGCAGGAAUAAAACCUGAGGCUCUUUUUCAUGCAUGUAAUGAACCAUAAAUAUCUUUUCCUUGUUAGCACUUUAAUAGUAGCUUCCUCUUUGGGACUCCAUUUUUAUGGCCUGUAUAUUUGUUUUCUACUUAAUGCAAUUAUAAGCAGCCCACUUUGUACACUGAUUUUUAUAAAUAUUUGUACAUUGUGUGCCUUUUAAAUCCAAUUAUGUGACUAUGUAAUUCCAGAUUCUCCUGCUCUAAACAAUUAAAGAUACAAUAAGUGAAAUAAAAUACAUGAUCAAGCCUU